UUGGUGCAUAUGCAUGCUCACACCUGCAAUAGAGGAAGAUUGUGCUAUAGUACACUGCCUCAUUCUCCAAUCUCCACCAGGUGCACGGUAGAAGGUUUAGAUCCUGAAGAAGAUGGCGGCAAUCACAGGAUCCAGGGCGCUUGUGGUGGUGGCGCUGCUCUGCGCCGCUGCAGCCAUGGCUACCGCGCAGCAAGCGUCCAAUGUGCGUGCCAAAUACCACUACUACAACCCUCAGCAGAACAACUGGGACCUCAACAAAGUGAGUGCAUACUGUGCCACAUGGGACGCCGACAAGCCCUUGUCUUGGCGCCAGAAAUAUGGCUGGACUGCCUUCUGUGGCCCUGCUGGUACUAGGGGCCGGGAAUCAUGUGGAAAGUGUAUCCAGGUGAAGAACCGAGGCACCGGUGAGACGAUAACAGCAAGGAUCGUGGACCAAUGCAGCAAUGGUGGACUGGAUUUGGACUACGAGACCAUCUUCAAGAAGAUCGACACCGAUGGCCGUGGCUACCAAAUGGGACACCUGCAGGUUGAUUACAAGUUCGUCAAUUGCUGAUUUGGUCAUGUCAUAUCUUUGCAUGGCCAUGUGCUUCAAUAAGAUGUAUCGUACUUAUAUGGAAUAAGACGGAAGAGAAGCCUUUAUGGAUGGCACUCUGUAAUAAUGUUGAACAAUGAAUAAAGUUUCAUUACCGUCCAA